UAUACAAUCUGUAUAUAAAUGAUGUGGUGUUUAACAUAUAUUAUUUUCACGUCUACAUACACAGUAACAUUAUAGUAAACGUCUAUUUUGUUUAACAAUGUGAGCCUAAUGUUUUAGAUGUCUACAAAUAGGCAGCAAAAUCUUUAAUUUACUUGUCUAACAGUUAUGUUGCAGCAGGUGUCACUUUUUGAUUAUUUACAUUUUUAAAUUUUUGUUUUUUUUAAUCAGAUUUGUGACUUGAAGAUACAUUGUUAUUGGUUUCACCCAGAACCAAACCAACAUAUAUCGUUCUCUUUAUUUACUGAUAUUCCAAUUUAUCAAUAUUUUUAUAUGGUAAAAUGAAAUCAUCAGUCAUUUAUUUAAAUGAGAAGUAGACAUAUAAAAUGAUACUUUUUAUUUAUGUGUUUCUAGAUUCUUCAUAUGGUACGUUGACUAUAUCAGUAGAUGGUACUUUCCCAACCUGAAUUUCUAGAUUUGCAUUAAGCAAUGUGGCAGAGUAAUCACAAAUUCUUUGUCCUUGCUAUAUGUUCUGCUUGCAUUUUUGGCCUUCUUAUAGAACCCACUGAAGGUCUGUCUCUCUAUUCCUGUAUUUGCUUGUUUGCAUAAAUUCCAAGUGUUAUUAACCUCUCUCUAUCUGUAUAUAUGGUAAUAUUGUUUGUAACUAACUAAAGAAUGGAAAUCAGUAGGUUUAGAAAAUCUCAAGCUGCAGUGCAUCAGUACAUAAAGUACAAUUUUAUUAGGAGUUAGUAGUACUGCUUUUAUUUGGAGACUGCUUACUAUCAUGCAGCCUAUCUGUUUGUGAAAAGGUGGGCACUUUACAAGAACACUCUGUUGCCAACUUUCACAUCAUUUUAUUGUUAUCUGGUUUUGCAAGAUACAAAUUUCAAUGAAAUGGGUAGGAAUCUGUUGGUCUGUGUUUCCAUUUUUUCUUCAAUAUUGGAUUUAGCAGAAAACUCAUUGAUAUAUAACAGCAAAUGUAUGAUAAAUACAUGCCAUUGUUAAUGUUAUUUGUUCUUUGUAUCAUAACACCAUGUAGAAUAGCCAUCAAUUACUAAAUUUUGCACUUCUAAACUUGUGUUUUCUUAGUCUCUGUUGCAACUUAUGGAGGUUUAUCUAGUAAGAAAUAAAUUCUUUUAAUUCAACAUUUAUAAUGUAAAGAAAAUAACAUCUUAAUGAAAUUUUCUUUUUACACUAAAUGAUUUAUUUUGAAUCACUACUCCUGUGCCCAUUAACAUUUGGUAUGGUAAACACUCCUGAUAAUUAAGCAGUCUCAAAAUAGAGUUUCUUCAAUGUAAUCAAUUCUAAAUUUGUAAGCUCCAAUAAUGAUAGUAAUUGUUGAUCUUUUCUUUUGCAUUUAAUUAGUAAAAUAAACUUUAUAACUUUCUUAAAAUCUCAGGGUUAUAACUGAACAUAUCCUCCAUUAUCUUUGAAUCUGAUUGCUGCAGUCAGAGCUUUGUAUUUGAUCUUUACACAGUGGAAUGCAACGGAUAACACGUAUAACAGGAGCAUAAGUGGGGAGCAAUGCAGUGGUGCUGCAGUAGACCCCUACCCACUUAUCAGUAGGGACUAUAAAGUCUUCAUCAAAUGCGACUGUUCUUAGGGCAAUGGCUCUUUUUGUCACAUUGUCCAUUUGACAGUUACUGAGAUGGAUGUUGCGGGUCCAAUUCCAGAAGAGCUGUGGACUUUGAGUUACCUUUUCCAUCUGGACUUGAGCAAAAAUUACUUGUCAGGCAGUCUGUCUCCAUCUAUUGGCAAUCUGACACGCUUGAAAUACCUGAACGUUGGGACUAAUGCAUUAUCUGGAGAACUACCAAAAGAAAUGGGAAAACUUAUGAAUUUAUUAUUCUUAUCUAUUGCAGAAAACUAUUUCUCUGGUCCUCUGCCAUCAGAACUGGGGAAUUUAUCGAAAUUGCAAGAACUUUACAUUAACAGUUCUGGAGUUAGUGGUGAGAUUCCUUCAACAUUUGCUAAUCUGCAAAAUUUGGAAACUGUGUGGGCAUCAGACACUGAACUUACAGGCAGGGUGCCUGAUUUCAUAGGAAAUUGGUUGAAGCUCAAAUCCUUGAGGCUUCAAGGCAACGCUUUUGAAGGUUCUAUACCGUUGACAUUUUCUGCUCUGACUUCUCUGUUAGAGUUGCGUGUAAGCGAUUUAACUAAUGGAAACUCUUCCCUCGAUUUUAUAAAGGAUAUGAAGAAUCUAACUGUGUUAGUACUGAGGAAUAACAACAUUUCCAAUUCAAUUCCAUCCAGUCUUGGAGAGUACCAGAAGUUGUCUGAGCUGGAUUUGAGCUUCAACAGCAUAACUGGCGAGAUUCCUCAUUCUCUUUUUAAUAUGAGUUCGCUCUAUUUCCUGUUUCUUGGCAACAAUAAGUUAAAUGGUUCCCUGCCCCAAAAAAAAGCAUGCGUCUUAGUAGAUUUGUCAUACAAUAAUUUAGCAGGCAACAUCCCUUCGUGGGUCAAUCAACGAAACUUAGAACUUAAUCUAGUAGGCAACAACUUCACAGUAGAAAGUUUAAAUAGAAGUGUUCGGACUUCAGGUUUGAAGUGUCUCCAGCAGAACUUUCGUUGCAAUCAAGGUCAUGAGACCUAUAAGAUAUUGGCAAUUAACUGUGGUGGUCAGGAGAUUAUAUCUUCUGAUCGUCUUGUGUAUGAGAGGGACAAUGAGAUUCUUGGUCCAGCAACAUAUUUUGUUAGCAACUUCAAAAGAUGGGCUGUUAGCAAUGUUGGACAUUUUACUGGAAAGACCAAUCCAUAUAUAAGUUUUUCACCACGUCAGUUCACAAAAACUUUGGACUCAGAACUAUUCCAGACAUCAAGGCUCUCUGCUUCAUCAUUAAGAUACUAUGGUUUGGGACUUGAGAAUGGCAACUACACUGUGAACCUCCAGUUUGCAGAAGUAGCUUUUGAUGACUCUUCUUCUUGGAGAAGUCUUGGGAGGCGUGUGUUCGAUAUUUAUAUCCAGGGAAGACUUGUUUUGAAGAAUUUCAACAUACGAAAGGAGGCAGAUGGGAUUGCUUCCCAAUCUGUCCACAUGAUAUUUAAGGCUCAGGUAUUAAAAAACUAUCUUGAAAUCCAUCUCUUUUGGGCUGGUAAAGGGACUUCCUCCAUACCUAUAGAAGGUACAUAUGGACCAUCUAGUUCGGCCAUCAGUGCCACUCUAGAUUUUGAUCCUACUGUCAAUAUCAAACCUACCACCUUUAAGAGGAAAAGGACUAGUCCUGCAGUUGGAAUUGGAAUUGGUUCUGGAGUUUUAAGCAUUCUGUUCAUUUUGAUGAUAUCAUAUGUGGUUCAAAGAAGAAAGAAGUCCAAGACCAAUGAUAAUGAAGAGCUCCUUGGUUUAGAUGUUAGACCAUUCACUUUCAGUUAUAAUGAACUAAAGAUGGCUACAAAUAAUUUCAGUUCUGAUAAUAAGUUAGGAGAAGGAGGAUUUGGACCUGUCUACAAGGGAACACUAAGAGAUGGAAGAGUUGUUGCUGUCAAGCAACUGUCUGAAACAUCCCACCAAGGAAAGAACCAGUUUGUGACCGAAAUUGCUACAAUCUCUGCUGUGCAACACCGUAAUCUGGUGAAAUUGUAUGGAUGCUGCCUCGACGGAAAUAACCGACUCCUUGUUUAUGAGUAUAUGGAAAACAAGAGUCUCGAUCAAGCAUUAUUGGGAAAUAACAGCUUAAAUCUCAAUUGGUCCUCACGUUAUUCCAUUUGCUUGGGCAUAGCAAGAGGCCUAGCUUAUCUUCAUGAGGAGUCACGACUUCAAAUCGUACACAGAGACGUAAAGGCCAGUAACAUUCUGCUUGAUUCUGAUCUCAUCCCCAAAAUAUCAGAUUUUGGUUUGGCCAGGCUGAAUGAUAAUGAGAAGACGCACAUAAGCACCCGAGUUGGUGGAACAGUUGGGUAUCUCGCACCGGAAUAUGCUAUGCACGGUUACCUUACAGAUAAAACUGAUGUGUUUGCAUUUGGUGUUGUGGCUUUAGAGAUUGUUAGUGGCAGGGCAAAUUCUGAUUCAAACUUGGAUGAAGAAAAGACAUAUCUUCUUGGAUGGGCUUGGAACCUCUACAAAGAAAAAAAAGAAGUUGAACUGGUGGAUUCAGCAUUAUUGUCAGAAUUCAAUGAGCAAGAAGUAAGAAGAGUGAUAAGAGUAGCCCUGUUGUGCACUCAAAGUUCACCUUCUCUACGACCAUCAAUGUCACGUGUGGUGGCAAUGCUUUCAGGAGAUGUUCAAGCUUCCACUACAAUUUCUAAACCAGGAUACUUGACUGACUACUGGAAAUCUGACCAUCUAAGCAGCCAAAUGAGCGAUAGUACUGCAGCUAAAAGAACCAAUAUUAGCAGUUAUAAUGAUAAUGCAUCUACAAGCACAACCAUGGUGGACGAUGCAGAGAGGUCAUUUGUCAAUUCUAAUCAAUAUUCUAUGUUUUACAGUUCCAUUAGUGAGGGUAGGUGAAAACUAAAAUUUGGUAUAACUUAGGUUUGCUUUGUUAUAUAUGCAAAUGCAACCAAAGACUUAUCCGUUGAUUUUUAAUAUAUAAUAAUAUAUUUCUCA